UGUAAUGGAUUAAUACUAUAGUUCAUCUGGAGGCGGUAAUGCAACAUAUUGGAUGCCAACCGUCGUUAAACUCCACAAAGAAGAAAGCUCAGAAGCAGCUAUGACGUUAGCUACCCAUCUUUGCUGACAGAUGGUGAAAAGACAGAACGGGAUGAGUGUGAAGCAGUGUCUCGAGGGUCAGGUGUACUCUGUGCCUCUGAUCCAGUCAGACCUGAGGAGGGAGGAGGCUGUUCACCAGAUAGCAGAUGCCCUGCUCUACCUAGAGACCAUCUCUACUGACAUCUUUACCAGGGUGUCUGAGAGUGUAGAGCGGAAUCGCUCUCAGCUGCAGAGUGUGACAGAUCGGAUCAGGCUGGCCCAGGCCCGCGUCGACAAGAUCAAAGGCAGCAAGAAGGCCACCAAGGUGUUCUCCAGUGCUAAGUAUCCAGCUCCAGAUCGUCUCCAGGAUUACUCCUCCAUCUUCAGUGGAGCCACAGACCCCGCCUCCCAAACACGCCCCAGAUACCACAUACAGGCCAAACUACGACCCCUUGACGACAAGGCCCUGCAGGAGAAGUUGUGUUAUUACCCGGUGUGUGUGAGCAGUAAGAAGCGUUCAGAGGAUGAGACCGAGGAGGGGCUGGGCGGUCUGCCUCGAAACAUCUCCUCUGUCAGCUCUCUGCUGCUGUUUAAUACUACAGAGAACCUGUAUAAGAAGUAUGUGUUCCUGGACCCCCUGGCGGGGGCGGUGACUAAAACACACACCACCCUGGAGACAGAGAAGGAAGAGAAACCAUUUGACGCUCCGCUAUCCAUAACCAAGAGAGAACAGCUGGAGAGACAGACAGCAGAGAGCUACUUCUAUGUUCCAGACCUGGGUCAGGUCCCAGAGAUAGACGUCCCCUCCUACCUACCAGACUUGCCAGGCAUUGCUGACGACUUGUCCUACAGCCAAGACCUGGGGCCAGGCAUCGCACCCUCUGGACCAACACACACCUUCCCUGAACUACCGACCUUCACUGGGGAGGACAUGUCUGGUUCUCAGUUCCAAGUUGCAGUCCCGCCUCCUCCCCCUCCUCCCCCACCAGAGCCCACACACACCCCCGCCCCUCCCCCUGGUCUCCCCCCUCCUCCACCUCCUCCCCCACCUCCACCUGCAGAGAGCCCUGCUGAACCCAACCGCACUCGGAGCACAGCUCCUGUAGCGGGGGCUCCCGGCGAGGUGGUUGAAUCAAACAGCCGGGCCAGUCUACUAGAGUCCAUCCGCAACGCUGGAGGCAUCGGCAAGGCCAAACUACGCAACAUCAAAGAACGCAAGAUGGAAAAGAAGAAACAGAAGGAACAGGAACAAGUGGUAGCAGCAGCCAGUGGAGGAGACUUCAUGUCAGAUCUCUUCAAUAAGUUGGCGAUGCGAAGGAAAGGUAUCUCUGGUAAGGGUCCUGGAGGCGGGGACUCUGGGGAGGGCCCAGCUGGUUCUGGCAGCGCAUUCGCUAGGAUGUCCGAUGUAAUCCCGCCUCUUCCUGCCCCCCAUCAGCCAACCGCUGAAGACGAGGACGACUGGGAGGCCUAACAACUGAGACAUGCCAAUCAGAACCAAUGGAACUCUGAGCACAUAUAGCUCUAAGCCAAUCAGAGAACAGAAUACUGAGGCGAUUCUGAGGGAUGAAGCUAACGCUUGUUGAGGAGAGGUAAUGCUGUGUUGUCAGUGGGUUGAGUUUCUUCCAGAUGAUAGACAAUGGUGGCAUUCCAGGUCGUAGCAUAACUUCAAUAAAGACCGGGAAUGCCACUGGUUUCUUUGCAGAUUAUAUGGUUGUUUGACGAUAGUGACAUGGUCCCUACGUAUGCAAUCAGCCGCAAUUCCAGUGCCUGCCAUGUAUUUGACCCAGGUGUGUUAUAUAGUUCAGUGACUCCCUCUGUUGGUUUUCUGUAGUUUUGAUCAACACACAGGAACCAUCACGGACUGAUCUUUACUGAGAAAAGGAAAGGACAAACAACUACAGGAGAAAAGUCAGACCUCAUCUCAGCAUUGUAAAGAUGUUUAAUAAAGUAACAUGUAAAUAUUACAUCAUGUGUAACACCACACUAAAGUAGCAGAACAUUUCAAUCAAAAUGUUAACACAUUUCCUUCAAUAAAUGGCUUUUUGCAUUUAAAAUAAAA